AUAAUAACGAAUGCUUCUUCAAUAGCGAUCUGCAUGUGAAACUUGUCAACGAUCUUAGCCUUGCAAGAGAACAAACUCAACAAUUCUCGUCCUCGGCGUUCAUAUCUGAAGCCCACGAAUGUCAGCAACUCGAAGCAGGCCACUUGUGGAUGCAACCAGUAAAGUACAUGGAUUUCGAGCUCGGAGAAUCAAGUGAUACGGUCGUAUUUGGUACCGAAAAGGGGACGGAAAUCAUGACGACUGUGUUGAAUACGAUAUUGGAAGGAAAAUUGCCGUUUUCAAACUUACAAAUCGAUCAAGUUCCAAGAAGAAAGAAGAUGAUCGAACUUGAGCGGCAGUUCCAAGUGACUGGCCCAGUAAGUGAGACGCUGAGCACACUAGAGGAUAGUCAACUAGGCGCGUUAUUAGGGGAAGAGGUAAAAUCAAUCAUGGUCACCAUAUCUGACAAAUGGGACUUUGAAAGUCACAGUCCUCUACCGAAGCGCGUCGUAAGAACGUAUAUGGGCGGAGAGGGAUGGAAAACUUGGGGUAAAGCCCAAGAGCUCGUCGAUCCUUCGAGGAAGGAUUCAUACUGA